GUGCAGCAACUUCCGACAGAUACUGCGAGUGAUACGUGCAUCGUGUACGAUUGAGUGCUUGCAUCAUCACUGAAAAUGUCGAUUCCCUUCAGCGGAACUCUCACGCGUGCCCCCGGUGGCGUUUAUAGCGCGAUCUUAAAACAGUUGAAACGCGUUGAUCUAAAACCAGUCAAAAAGAUCAAUAUUCGUUUCGACCCGUUCCAUGAACAUGUCAUCGAUACGAGAAAUUUUCUACAGUACAUUACCUCUUCGAAAAUUAGUGCAACAAAUCCGUACUGUUCGAUAAAAACGGAGAUCGUGUGCGAUCGCUCUGAACCAACUGUUACGUUCAACCUUCAGGCAGGUGAAAAAAUAGUAUUAAAAACGGCUCUUUUGACGACCCUGAACAUUUUGGAACUUUAUAAUCAACACAUCACUAGAUUAAUUCCACCUGAUCCAGCUGCAAUUGAAGCUAAAAAAGAACUCGAGGAAAAAAGGAGAAAGCGAAAACGACCGCAUUAUAAAAUAAAAGAAGGAAGAAAACGCAGACCAUUUUUAUUGUAAUACAUUGGCAACUUGUGACUGGGUUUUUCGCAACAAAAUCUUGCUAAAAAUCGAAAGGUACUUCGAUUUGUAUUAACUUCAUAAUCUAGUACUACAGUUUAAAUAUUUAAUCG